GCUCUCAGGCUGAGGCAGUUGGUUCACUCCACUGUGCUGUGUAUGUCUGGGAUACAGCAGUGAGAGAGAGAGAGAGAGAGAGAGAGAGAGAGAGAGAGGGCUGUGUGAAAGAGAGGGAGCUGUUAUUUAGGUCUUUUACAGCAGACAGGGAGCAGCUUGCCCUAGGGCAAGGGGAGAACGAUAGAGCAACACAGAGCUCAGAGGAGCAGCCACAGCCAGGCAGGAACCAGCCCUGCAUUCCAGACAAGGGGAAGGGAAAAGGGGGAACAGAAGUUCCAGAAGGAAAGGAGAAAACAGGCGAGAGAGAGAGAGAGAGAGAGAGAGAGAAGGAAGGAAGGAAGGAAGGAAGGAAGGAAGGAAGGAAGGAAGGAAGGAAGGAAGGAAGGAAGGAAGGAAGGAAGGAAGGGAAAAGGUAGCAGGAGGCAGCAACACAUCAGAGCUACAGGAGGGGUUUGAACCAGGACCUUUGUUGUUGUUGUUGUUGUUGUUGUUGUUGUACUACAGUGAGGUGACCUAGCUACUCCAGGAGGAAGGAAGAGGGGUAGGUAGAGCAACAGGGUUUAUCUGUGUGUUCUCAGGAGGUAGGGACUAGGGAAGGGGUACUGUAACAGUAAAAGGAGGGUUAAAGCUUCACCACCAUGUUUGACUGUAUGGAAGCUCUGGGGAUGGGCCCACGCCAGCUUUAUGAUGUCACCAGCCGGGGUACGUGCAUGCUGCGGAAGGCGAGCCCCUUCUUCGCGGGCCUGGACCCCUUCGCCUGGACCGGCAGCGCCAGCGUUCAAUCGGUGGAGACCCAGAGCACCAGCUCAGAGGAAAUGGUUCCCAGCUCUCCCUCUCCACCUCCCCCGCCACGCAUCUACAAGCCCUGCUUCGUGUGCCAGGACAAGUCCUCCGGCUAUCACUACGGGGUCAGCUCCUGUGAGGGCUGCAAGGGUUUCUUCCGACGCAGUAUCCAGAAGAACAUGGUGUACACCUGUCACCGAGACAAGAACUGCCAGAUCAACAAGGUCACCAGGAACCGCUGCCAGUACUGCCGACUGCAGAAGUGCUUUGAGGUCGGCAUGUCCAAGGAAGCAGUGCGUAACGACAGGAACAAGAAGAAGAAGGACGUGAAGGAGGAGUUGGUGCCGCCGGAGAGUUAUGAGCUGAGUGGCGAGCUGGAGGAGCUGGUCAACAAAGUCAGCAAGGCCCACAAAGACACCUUCCCCUCACUGCUGCAGCUGGGCAAAUACCACACCAACUCCAGUGCAGAGCAGCGCGUGCAGCUGGACCUGGGGCUGUGGGAUAAAUUCAGUGAGCUCUCCACCAAGUGCAUCAUCAAGAUCGUGGAGUUUGCCAAGCGCCUCCCCGGCUUCACCACCCUCACCAUCGCUGACCAGAUCACCCUCCUCAAGUCAGCCUGCCUGGACAUCCUGAUGUUGAGGAUCUGCACGCGCUACACCCCAGAGCAGGACACCAUGACUUUCUCCGACGGGCUGACCCUGAACCGGACCCAGAUGCACAACGCAGGCUUCGGCCCGCUCACAGACCUGGUGUUUGCCUUCGCUGGCCAGCUGCUGCCUCUGGAGAUGGACGACACAGAGACGGGCCUCCUCAGCGCCAUCUCCCUCAUCUCUGGAGAUCGUAUGGACCUGGAGGAGCCCCAGAAGGUGGACAAGCUGCAGGAGCCCCUGCUGGAGGCCCUGAAGAUCUACGCUCGUCGCAGACGCCCCAACAAACCACACAUGUUCCCCCGCAUGCUGAUGAAGAUCACUGACCUCAGAGGCAUCAGCACCAAGGGUGCUGAGAGGGCCAUCACUCUGAAGAUGGAGAUCCCAGGCCCCAUGCCUCCUCUGAUCAGAGAGAUGUUAGAGAACCCAGAGGCCUUCGAGGACCAGACAGAGAGCAGUGGAGAGAGCUCCCCACCGCCUGCCCCUCCUGCCGCUCCACCAGCCUCCACCAAGCCCCCCACCACCAUGAAGACUGAGGCCGAGGACGAGGAGGACAGCUGGGGGACAGAGAACGGAAGUGAGCCCUCCCCAGAGGAGGAAGAUGAGGAUGAUUAUGAUGAUGGGGAGGAAGAGGACAGGGGCUCGGACAGUGAGGGGGAAUCCUGGGCUCUGGAGAGUAGCAGCGAAGGGGAUAGGAAGAGCCAUGCUGGGAGGGCGCAGUGAGGAGGAGAGGCGAUCACACACAAAUACAGUCUGUUCACUCAAAUACACACACUAACUGACGUAAUCAUACACACGCGUGUGCGCGCACACACACACACACACACAGACACACAUACACCCACCCUAGCCCUUCCAAUGCUGGCCCUCCCUCGCUUUCCUCUGUAUCCUCUCCAUCUCCCUACUGCACAUCAGUCUCUCCAAGCAGGACAUGACAGGACAGCAGAGACUUACACCUAACUGUACAGACACUAUAACUCAGGUUCUCUGACUCACAGGUUCCUGAUAAGUAACAUGCAGACACGCAGAGAGACUUGCAGAGAUACUAUUAUAAAAGAGGGACGGAGAGACGACAUGAUGCAACCGACUGGACUCGUGACCCCUGAUAUAGAGAAGAGGGAAGAUGGCGUGAUGACAACAAAGAAAACGGACUCUCUUUGACAAAAAAAAUCUCAUUUUUUACUAUCUUUUUGUUUGUAUCUACAUAGAGGAAAGGCCAAAACAGAUGAACUGAACUAUAGAUUAUUUCCAACGGAUGCAAAGCAAAACACGUUUCUCAAAAAGACGAACACAGGAUGAAACCAAACUGAAUAUGCUAAUCGAUUCUUUUGCUGUUAUUUGCUUUUGAAUAUUGUUUAAAAAAAAAUCUUGACUUUUCUUUCUCUUUCAAUGUAUUAAUUAGUCCAUACAUAUCUAUAUACCAUUAUAUUUGGUUUGUUUGUAAUCCUGGUUUUGUAAAUGAUUUCUUUAGAUGAGGUUUUGUUUUUUGAGGAGUUUUGGAUAUCCAGAGAGAGACGAAUCAGAAUCCCAACUGGCAGACCUCGAACUGAAUCUUCUUUCCAACUGCGCCGCUGGUGUUUUUUGGGCAGUUUUGCUCACCGUAGAUGUCAAUGAUAAUCAACUCAGUAAUGUUGUGUUACAGUGACUAAAGUUGUGAUUUGUGUUGUUUAUCAGGG